AUUGAUGACUUCAGUGAAACAAAGUCAAAAUGUAUUUCAAGUGCUUAAUUUUCCUAUCGAUUGCUACUUUGGUUUCUGCUGGUCGUAUCCCUGGGCCAGAGGAAAGAAUUAUUGGCGGCCACUCUAUUCCUAUCGAAUAUGUUCCUUGGCAAGUAUCGCUGCAAGGAAAAGAGACUCACAAUUGUGGUGGAGCCAUAUAUAGCGAUCGAGCUAUUGUAACUGCUGCUCACUGCAUUUUUGAGAUAAGAGUGGAGGGGUUAUCUAUUCGUGCUGGAUCUUCGCAUUGGAGUAAAGGUGGCCAACUGGUGAAUGUUUUAAAAGCUGUAUACCAUCCACUAUACGAUAACAAAACUUUUUUUAAUGAUAUUGGAGUGUUGAUUUUGGAGUCACCCCUGAAAUUUAAUAACCAUGUACAGAAAAUAGCUCUCGCUGAUAAAUCUCCCGUAGGUGGAACCAUGAGCUUGGUUUCAGGAUGGGGAUAUACACGAGAAGAUGCUGCAUAUAGUUGGCCAACACUCCAGGGAGUCCAUGUAGCUAUACUUAAUCAUACCGAGUGUGAGAAUGCUUAUAUUAAAUCAAAGAUAACUGAGGACAUGAUUUGUGCCGAUGGAAUUGGAAGAGAUUCAUGUAGGACGGAUUCCGGAGGUCCUUUGGUCAGCAUCCGUGAUCGCAACUUAAUUGGCAUUGUUUCUUGGGGAGAAGGUUGCGGUCGGAAUCCUGGUGUCUACGCAGACGUUGCCUUCUUCCGCGACUGGAUCAAUGAUAAAAUUGAGGAAUACAUUACGUACACAGAUAAUAAAUGAGUUAUCUUGUAUAAAAAAUAAUAAAGACAAUUUUUUAAUCAAUA